GAUUCGAUUCUGUUAAUUUUUUCUGUUUAAAAAUUUUAUUUUGAAUAAAUCUAAACAAAAAUUGUUUUCCCAAGUCUUUUCUCCUUUAUAAAUUUGGCAAUAAUGACAUUAGAAGAUAUUGAAGAUAUUUAUCAAAAUGUUAAUUCAUCAAACAAUAAAAAUGAUAAUGAUUAUCAUGAAUUUAAAGUGAAAUUAAAUCCCCGAAUUUUUCAACGAAAAAACAAUGACAAAUCUAGUGAUAACGAUGGCGAUGACAAUGAUGAUCAACCUGAUGAUAACAAUGAACCGUAUCAGAAUUUUUUACCAGCUAAACAUUCAAUUUAUGUUCAUACAUGGGGUUGUACACAUAACAGUAGUGAUAGUGAAUAUAUGAUGGGUUUAUUGGCGCAAAAUGGUUAUAAUAUUGUUCAGGAUAAAGACCAGGCUGAUUUAUGGAUAUUGAAUUCUUGUACAGUUAAAACACCGGCCGAAUUACAAUUUCGUAAUGAAAUUAAAAAAGCUUUGGCUGACGAUAAAAAAUUAGUGCUAGCUGGAUGUGUAGCACAAUCUGAUUAUCGUUUACCAUACCUAAAAUCAAUGAGUAUUGUUGGUGUUCAACAAAUUGAUAAAAUUGUUGAAAUUGUCGACGAAACAUUGAAAGGAAACGUUGUUCGUUAUUUGAAUGUUCGUAAACGUGAUGGCAAAAAAACUGGUGGUGCAUCACUUCAUAUGCCAAAAAUACGUCGAAAUCCAUUGAUUGAAAUCAUUUCAAUCAAUACUGGUUGUCUGAAUGAAUGUACAUAUUGUAAAACUAAACAUGCACGUGGUAAAUUAGGUAGUUAUCCAAUCCAGGAUAUUGUUGAACGAGCACAAACUGCUUUCCGCGAAAAUGUUAAAGAAUUAUGGAUAACAAGUGAAGAUACUGGUGCUUAUGGUCGUGAUCUAGGAACAAAUUUACCCGAAUUAUUAGAUGAAUUAAUUCGGGUAACACCUGAAGAUUGUAUGAUACGUAUCGGUAUGACUAAUCCACCAUAUAUAUUGGAACAUAUUGAUAAUAUGGCUAGAAUUCUAUCCCAUCCACGUGUUUAUUCAUUUUUACAUAUUCCAGUUCAAUCUGGUAGUGAUCAAGUUUUAUCCGAUAUGAAACGUGAAUAUUGUAUCGAAGAUUUUUGUAAAAUUGUCGAUUUUCUUAAACAAAGAGUCAAUGGUAUUACUAUUGCUACGGAUAUUAUAUGUGGAUUUCCUACCGAAACUGUCGAGAAUUUCGAAGAAACCGUAUCAUUAGUGGAAAAAUAUCAAUUUCCGGUAUUAUUUAUUAAUCAAUUUUUCCCACGACCUGGAACACCGGCUGCCAAAAUGAAAAGAAUUCCUACACAGGAGGUAAAACGUCGUAGUCGAGUAAUAUCACAGCUAUUCAAUUCUUAUCAACCCUAUAAUGAUCGUAUUGGUCGAAAAUAUCGUGUAUUGGUUACAGAAUUAUCUUCGGAUAAACAAUUUUUUGUUGGUCAUAAUAAAUUCUAUGAACAAAUAUUAAUUGCUAAACAUCAAUGUCAACUUGGAGAAUGGAUUGAUGUUGAAGUAGAAUCCACAGGUAAAUAUCAUAUGAUGGCUAAAUCAUCAUUGCAACGAUGGUUUUGGAAUCGAUUUCGAACAAUAUUUUCCAAUAAUGAUCAAACAGAUGAUAAUGAUUCUAGGAAAAAAAUGAUCAAAACAAUUUGGCUAUCAUCUUGUUCGAUUGUAUUAGUAUCAUCUAUUUUAUAUAAAAUUUAUCGAAAAAUUGUUUAGGUUUUUUUUAUCAAUUUUUGUUUGACAAU